CUGAAGCAGGGAAGACAGGAGCGUUCACUGCAGAAAUGAAGGGAUACAUGGUCCUAUGAUAUAUUCUCUCCUUCUGUGUUAGUUGAAAAGAAAGAGGAUUACACAAAGGUUGUAGUCAGAAAGAGGGUCAAAAGAAGGCGAAGAAAAAUAGUGUGUUUCCAAGAGCAAACGUUUCAGAGGACGGUGCUGUCAGAUAGGAGGAGAAGGAGGAAGAGGUGAUGUGUGUGCGUGGGUGGGUUUGAAACCCACCAGCAAAGCAAGUCAUAUGACACUAAUGUGUGUGUGUGUGUGUGUGUGGAUGUGUGUGUGAAGUGACUCCUCACCAUCAAAAUUCCACCAUCAUCUACAAAGAACCACUUUCAGGUUUCAAAAGACAUGCUGAGGACCAGGAGCCAGCCAAAGUCCUGCUGAAGAACCAUGGCCCAGGCUAAAGGGCUGAGAGAUGGCAUGGUGUCGUCCAAUGAGAAAAGGUGCCGGCCACUGUCAUCAGGUGAUGUGGAGGGGGUGUCAUGGCAGGGCCCGCGGACCAUUUUCCUCCGGAAGAGCGCACAGGGAUUUGGCUUCACUCUGCGCCACUUCAUUGUCUACCCACCAGAAUCCUCCCUCCACAGCCUCAAGGAUGAAGAGAAUGGAAAUAGCACUGGAACAGUAGGUUGUCAGCGAUCUCGUUUGGAGCCAAUGGACACCAUCUUUGUGAAAAGUGUCAAAGAAAAUGGCCCUGCCCAACAAGGUGGACUGUGUACAGGGGACAGGCUGGUGAAGGUGAAUGGGGAAAGCAUUCUUGGGAAAACGUACUCUCAGGUGAUCACACUAAUCCAAAACAGUGAAAACAUUCUGGAGCUCUCUAUUAUGCCAAGAGAUGAGGAUGUGUUGCAGUUGGUAAGUGCGUACUCCGAGGAUGCCUACCUGAAAGGCAAUGAGCCAUAUUCAGGCAAGGCCCAGAACCUCCCUGGGCCUCCGCCUCUCUGUCAUCCUUCCACUAACCCCGGUUCCACAGUCCCCCAGCCCAGCUACAACUUCCACAGUCUCCUGGACAACUGGCAGUGCCGAUCUGGCCACACCACCUCACUGGAUAACCACGCCCCUGCUGCUUCUAACCCAACCUCUGGCUGGCCCGGGAGUCCUGAGGAUUCCAGUGGCCACUUUCCCCUGUCAGGGAGGCACUAUGGCCGUUGCUCUUCAGCCAUCAGCGCACUAGACUUUCACUUUGCUAACCACAACGCUGCCAUUGUCUCUGCAACACUGCCUCCAACAAGGAAGAGCAGCCUACCAACCUCUGCCAGCACCCAUGCCGACACCCUCUGCCACCAGGCUCUGUCUGAGUGGUACUACAGCCAGGCUGAGGCUGCAGAGCGCAUGUCCCCCUGCUCGAGUAUUUCUCGGGAUUGUUUAGCGGAGCUGGGGUUGGCACUCAGCCCUGGACCCACAUCUGUCCCCACAGCGUCUUCAGAGAAACGCAGAAGAGAAACCCUCCUUUACCACCACCGGGCAGCUGCUGCAUCCCAUGAUUCCUGUUGGCUAGGUGGCUUGGGUGGUGUAUCCGGACCAGGAAGCCGGUCGUGCUCAGAGGGCCUGCUUGCAGCUUAUGCCAAAUAUGAGCACAACUAUGGGCGUUCUGUGGAAACGCUGGCACAAGCCUCAUCACUGGUCUUACCACGAUUUGAAAACACUUCACAAAGCUCCCAAAUGACAAAAUUCAGCAAGCAGAUAGACCAGAAAGCCUCAGCAGGGCAUCAGCACCAAACCACAGUGACAUCCCCCAUCACAGCCUCCUUCACAGUGCUUCCCAGUAGUAGGCAGUCAGGUCAGCAGGUAGCUGAACCCCAAACAAGGCGAGUAAAAGAUGAAAAGCUGUUGGGCUACAAAAGCCAGAGUCCUUCUUUAUCCCACAAAGUUAGCCACCUCCUCCAGCAGUUCCAUUCCUUCAGAGAGCCCAGCUACAAUAGCCCCCACCUCAACUGGAGCACCGGCAGCAGGAGCAGCCCUGCAGAUAGUGAGGGAGGGGUGGUACCUAGGCCCCAGUCCACACCUGCCUUGUCUGGGUCAGAGGAGGAGAGAUCCCAGCUGGGUGAGGACAGGGAGAUCAUCUCUCCCAUCUCUCUGAAUCAAGAGGUGGUCCUUAGGCAGAAACCACCUUCAGGCCACCGGAUCCACGUUCAGGCUCUUCGACAUCCCCACUACACCACACAUCAGGAGUCACCAGAGCCCCCUGGUUUGACACCUUCACCAGGGACCCCCUCUCCUGUCUCUGUGGGGCCUUGCCCCAACCGCAGGGCCAGUGGUAGCCUGGCACAGCAUGCAUAUGACUCUUUGUCCUCUAUUCCCUUCAUAGGUAGUAUUAAAGGUCGUCGGUCCUCUUACCUGCUGGCCAUCACCACUGAGAGAUCCAAGUCCUGUGAUGAGGGGCUCAACACCUUCAGGGAAGAAAGCCGUGUCUUCUCCAAACUACCAAAAAGGGUCAAGAGCUUUUUCACUGAUGGGUCCCUGGAGAGCCUGCGAGCUCAGGAGGAGGCUCGGUCCAAGCGCCACUCCACCUCUGAACUGGGAACCAUCACUUUUAGUGACGUUCGCAAGGAGGGCUGGCUACACUACAAACAGAUCCUCACAGAGAAGGGAAAGAAAGUUGGUGGUGGCAUGCGGCCAUGGAAACACGUUUUCUCUGUGCUUCGUUCCAAUUUACUCUUCCUCUACAAGGACAAGCGAGAGGCGGUCCUUCAUGGGGCAGGGGCGGGGCCCGGCCAGAAUGAGCAUCCCCCAGUCAGCAUCUACGGCUGCCUGAUUGACAUCGCCUACAGUGAAACCAAGCGUAAGCACGCCCUGAGGCUCACCACGCAAGACUUCUGUGAGUACCUGCUGCAGGCUGAGGACAGGGAUGACAUGCUGGCCUGGAUCAGGGUCAUCAGGGAGAACAGCAAGACCGACAGUGAGGAGAUUGGUUUCUCAAGACAAGCUCUCAUCAACAAGAAGCUGAAUGAUUACAGAAAACACAGUCUGACAGGUAACAAGCCUGAUUCCUCUCCUAGAGUCCACCGUAUGAUGCCUCCCUUCCUCCUGGCUAAGACUGACAACACCUUAGUGAACCGCGCCUCCAGAACUGAUGACAACAAGGCACUGUGGGGCAUCAACAUCAUGAAGAAAGCCAAGAAGACGGGCAGUCCAAAGGCUUUUGGUGUGCGCCUGGAGGACUGUCAGCCUGCUGUCAACCAUAAAUUUGUCCCUCUGAUAGUGGAGAUGUGUUGUGGCGUGGUGGAGGCAACGGGUUUGGAAUACACCGGCAUCUACCGGGUGCCUGGGAACAACGCCAUGGUGUCCAACCUUCAGGAGCAUCUAAACAAGGGCAUGGACAUCAACACUGCAGAGGAGAGAUGGCAGGACCUGAAUGUAAUUAGCAGCCUGCUUAAAUCAUUCUUCCGAAAACUGCCUGAGCCUCUGUUUACUGAUGACAAAUACAGUGAUUUCAUUGAUGCCAACCGGAUAGAAGACGCAGAGGACAGACUGAAGACCAUGAAGAAACUAAUCCAUGACCUCCCAGAUUACUAUUACCACACCCUCAAAUUCCUGGUGGGCCACCUCAAGAGGGUGGCAGAUAACUCUGAAAAGAAUAAGAUGGAGCCAAGAAACUUAGCUCUGGUGUUUGGUCCCACUUUGGUGAGGACGUCAGAGGACAACAUGACCGACAUGGUCACUCACAUGCCUGACCGCUACAAAAUAGUGGAGACACUUAUCCUGCAUUAUGACUGGUUCUUCAGUGAUGGAGAGCUUGAUAAGGAAGAGGAGGCUCCAGAGGAUAAGCGGGACAUGCAGCCUGUGCCCAACAUUGACCAUCUGCUGUCCAACAUUGGCAGGCCGGGCAUGCCAGGAGAGGCAUCAGAUUCCACCACCAGUGAUUCACUUAAGUCAAAGCAUUCUUUGGGCUCCAAAAAAGACUUGAACGCCAGAGACUUCCUGCCCAAGUCCAUCAUCUCUGCUGUGACCCGCAAACGUAAAAAAAGCCUCAGUACCCAUUUGCUGGGCAGCAGCGCCGACGAGGACUCUGAGCAUGAGCCAGUCAAAGCCAGCAGCUACAGGGGAGGGGGGGGGGUGUGUGGCGAAGAGGAAGAUGAUAGAGGAGAGGAAGAAGCAGCCAAGGGAGAACAUAUCAUUCCUAAAAAAGAAAAAUGGGAUGAAAAGGGAAAUGGGUUGAAAGAUGGAGAGGCCCAGGAGGGAAAUGAUUCACUGGUAGGAGGAAAAGAGGCUGAAAAGGACGUGAAGAAAAAAACAGGCAAUGGCACAACAAUUUUUGAAAGGGAGCACAGGGAUAGAAUGACUUUGCCGGGUACUCCACUGCAGGUUCGCCCAAACAGCUUUCUCCACUCACACCAUCAAAUCCAUGCCACAUACCCAAGACCUGUGAUUAAUCCUCUUUCCCACUUGAGACCUGACAAUCUGGCAAGAGAACGCACCAUGGUCCCUUUCUGGAUUUCUCCCGACAGGCUUCCCAGCCUCUACCAGGCUUCCAGCUUUCAUGGGACACAGCAGCCAGACUGGAACCAACUAGCACCAGUCCGCUACAGGAAGACCAGAGGUGGGAGGACGAAGGCUAUGUCCAUGAACCUGGACCUUGAGCUAGGCAGGAAUGAGGACAGAGUCAGAGGGUGGAGAGCAGAGAGGGUGGAGGUGAUCAGAGUCAUUGAGGGUCAGCAUGAAUGUGUUGUGGUUCCUCAGGGAUCAAUUGUAGGCCCCAAGGCAAUUCGGCAAAUAGAUCCUCUCCCUAGUCUUGCCCAGAGGGCUCUCCCUCUCCCCUCCUCAGCACGGAUAGAUCAGAGCUUCCCAGGAUCUUCCACUGUGGUUCUGAGGAGAUCGGCCCUGGAUCCGCGGGACAAGAUGAGAGCGUGGCGUCGACAUACAGUGGUAGUUUAACUUGACUGUUUCAUCUGCUAAUGCAGAACCAAGUAUUUGCCAUUUACUCACUAACACUGGAUUAUCUGUGUCACUGUUUCUAAAACCAAGUGUCCGUCAUGGACAAUUCUUUGACACUGUGAACAUCUGUUGAGUUUCAUUCCAAAAUUAGAUCAUCACCAUUGGAAACCUUUGAAACUCACUCUGAAAACAACACAGAAAUUCUACUGUUCAGCUACUUUUGAAGCUGUUUUGAUCCUUUACUUACGAAAUGACUGUAGAUGUAAUUAUCAAUGUCUUUAUAUACUUUGCAAAGAGUAUCGGAUUGAAUACAGGGAAUUUUGAACCUGGUAUUUCCUUUGAAAUUCUCGCCAAAAUCUGAACAUGUCUCUGAGAGAAAAUACCUGCGGAACCCAGAAUUUAGAAAUAAGGCACAGUUACACCAGAAAUUGGCACAGUGAAGUUCAUCCUUGAGUCCCUGUGAAAUAGGUGGUGCUAGAAGCUUGGUGACGUAGUGUGUACUUGCAAGACCGAGUUGGUGAACUAUUGUAGCUUGCAAGCUAACAGCUCACAAGCUAACCAGCCAGGAACAUGAUAGCUUUAGUCAGUCACAAUAAUUCUCUGAGCUAGGUAGCUUGUUACUUGACUGUUAUUACUAACAGUACAAUAUGUUCACACAGUUUAUAACGAUCUACAAAGCAUCCCCUUUCUGUGGAGCAUUUUACUCUUGCAGAGAGGUUGAAUAAAAAUAAACUACAGUAGCUUCCACUGUUCUGGACUUCCCAGACUCUCCAUUCCCUCAAAGGUCAGAAUUCCCAAGAUGGUUUACUAGUGGUCAGUGGUGCAAAUUAAAGUAUUUUGUAGUAGUCUGAAAGUAGUUUGCAGAUUUACUUCACACCUAUGCGAUCCAUCAACAAAUUGCAACAUCUCCGUUUAAAUAAAUUAAUUUUGCUGCAGAAAUUUUUAUUUCAAAUGCUGGUGUGUUUGGGCCUUUACAGCAAUAUAACUGGUAAUACUUCUCAUCUGGCCUAGUUUCCUCCCCUUUUCAUGCUAAUAUGACAAUUUACAGUUUACAUUUUUCAAAAUCUGUAAAUGGACACUAUGCAGAGUGUUCAAGAAGUGCUGCAUUUAGACAUGAUGACCUCCAUAUCAAAAAAGAGGGCUUUGGCUUUGUGUUUUUCCAUACAAAGAUGGUGUAUGUUUAAGAGGAAUUGUUUUGAUUAAGUAUCUAUACUUCUUAUUGAAAAUCAAACUUCCUUAAUGGCGAGAAAUCCAGGGAAUGAUAUAUUCCUAGGAAUUAAUCCUUCUAAAAUGACAAAAUGACCUUAAACCCUAAUGAACAUCAGUUAAAGCCACCGUGUGAUUAAAACAUCUUUCAAAUUAUUCUGAUGAAGUUGUAGAAAAUUUGAACAAUCCUGGUGAAUUGGUGCAGUCAUUGUUUUACAGUGUCAAAGCAAGGAAGUUUGCAGUCCUAAACAUAGUAGCUUUAACAUAUAUUUUUUAAAGUUUUGGAAUUAAACCCUUCAAUUGUAAACUUAAAUUGAUGAAUGAUGAUAAUAAAUAAGGAGAAAAAAAUUAGAGAAAGAAAGCACUAAACAUUUGAAAUUCAACUCCAGAGCCCAUUUGCUGAUGAUCCAGCUAACCUUCACCGGCAAACAAUUCAGCAGAGUCAUCGGCAAUGAUUUUCUUUUUUCAAUCGACUGUGCUGUUGGUGUCUCCCCCCACUGGAUUUCACUCAUGAUAUCUUUGAUGGUAUCCACAUGGGCAAAUAUCACUGUGCACUAAUGCCGUUUCAGUUUACUUCUCAACCCUUUACUCUCUUCCACAUCCUUCUGUGGACUUACAGGGAACUUCAGUGAUCCAUAGGAGCAAAACAAACUCUCUCUCUGGACAAUGUGACUUGACACUUCCAUGGUCUAAAACAUGCAUGCAUGGAGUCAGUGACAUAUAAAAAUAUGCAAAGCGUAAAUGUCCAACACAAGCUUGUUGUACUUCCCUUUGUGUGUGUGUGUUUCGGAGAGAUAGGCCAGAGUUUUGAGGAUACUGACGCUUGUUUAAUCAGAGACUGUUUUUUAGGCAGCUAUGUGAAGUCAUGCCAAAAUUCUUUAUUGUUCUAUUUGGGUAGUUGUACAGUAUGAACAGUAUGGAAACGUGGUGAGCCAACACAGAGAACUUUAGUGUUACUCCAGCUGAUACAUUAUAUUAGUUUUAUAAAGAUAGCAUUGUCAUUGGAGAAGAUUAAAGUGGGCAAAUAACCUCUUUAAAUCCAAACCUUACCUAGUCUUACCUGAGUGAUAUUUUUGCAUUUUUCCUGUUCACAUUUUCAGUGUUUUGCUCCCUUCCCUGAACUUUAGAGUAUGAAAAAACAAAAUGGAGUUGAACCCAACUGUAAUGCCAACCACUGUCGUGCAACCAGACUCCGUGUUGGUCAAAGUCAUAUUUUAAUUCAGUCUUUCCUUCUCUCUAUCUGUGCCCUUGUGCAUGUACUAUUUUAUAACAGUUGUACAAAGCCUUGUUAAGUUAACCUGUGUAUAUAAAUAUUAUAAAUAAUAUAAUAAAUUAUUUGUUUUGGAAAUCAUUCUGUACGUAU